AUGGAGAAAUUUAUGAUCGACUUAGACAAAGUCCUCAAUGACUUUGAGUUCAACGAAGAUUGUGCAGAGCAAAUAGCGUCAGUUGCAACUUCUACGAUCAAAGCUUCAGCUGUGGAGAAGCAUACUAAUGAAUCUGUAGUUUCAAAAAUAUGUAACUUUAAUCCUGAAAAAGGCGUAACCAUCGAUGUAGUACCAUCUGUUGAAAAUUAUAGAGAUACUCGACCAAUAGACAUUGACUCCAAAUAUUCAUUAGCUGAAAAGAAUAUAGUUUUUAUAUCGGAGAAUAUAGAACCCGUAAAUAAUUUCUAUACACAUGAUCGUAUCAAUGAUAUCACAAUUGGACAGAAAUCACGUGUUCAUACUUAUACUGAUUCUGAAGUGUCUUCAACGAUGUAUAAUAAUACAUCACAAAACUCAAUGCAGGAACAACAGAAUACAUGUAGUGAUCCGAAAGAUGGCGAUAGAUACGACAAAAAAUUAAAUCAAUCAAAUUUCAAACCUAGUAUCAGCAAUGUGUUUAAUAGUUUGAACGAAUAUAUUAAUGCUCCUACUGGAAGUUUAAAUUAUGUUGAACCUAUAUUAGAUAAAGCAGACGAUUUAUCUGAAAGAUCCACAGAUGAUAUAGUGGAAAAAGAUUUUAGAUCGAGCAAAGAUAUGGCUAUUAAUGAACUUUCUCCAAUUUCAACGGAGAAAGAAGUAAUUAACACGAUCGACAAGAAUAUUUUGGACCAUAAAAAUAUUUUACCGAUGGAAUUGAGUAAGUUUGUGAAAAUUGAAAUAAAUAACAAACAGGAUAAUACAAUGCACAAUAUUAUGUUUCAUCACCCGAUUCCAAUACAGUCUGAAGAAAAUAAUUCUAUAAUUUCUGCACCAAAUACGGCCAUCUCGAAUCCUAAUGAUGUAACAGAUACAAAAUUGUCUAGUGACAAAGAAGAUGUAACUAAAAAGGUCAUAGUUAAUGAUACGUUUAAAGAAAAUUCUGAUAGUAUCAUUAACAAACAAAAGCAGUUAGACUUAGAUAGGAGAAAUUCCAUCGAUAAAUAUACAUUUGUUGAAAAUAAAGGAAGCAUAGUGGAGACUAAAAGGAAAAAUAUAACAAGCAGCGAAAAUCAAGAUAAUAAUAUAGAAACAACUAAAAAUGACACUUUCUCUAAUGUAUGUACAACUGGUAUCAGUGAUGACUUUUCUGAAGAAGAAUUAAAUCAAUAUUUAUUAGACUUAGAGAAAGAAGAAAGAUCUGAGACUGACAAUAUAUCACUUUCGGAUAAUACCUGGUUAUCACAAUCGUAUGAAUCGAAAAGAGAUAAAGAAACGAAUGCCAGUCAUUGUCAACCAGAUGAUGAAGAUGUCAAUGAAGCGCCGAUAUUCGAGAAAAUUGUAAUAGGCGAACUUCCGAAAAUAUCACAGGAGGAAUUUCAGAAGACGAAAAAAUUUCCUGUAAUUGAUUAUAAUACGGAUAUGUGUAAUAAAAAUAUAAUAGAUGUAAAAUGUAAUAAUACAGUAAAAGUUGACUUAAAAAGUAAUGAAGCAAAAUGUAUAAAAAAUAAUGACAAAACGACAAAAGAUAAACAUGUAAUUGAAGUAAUCGGUCAUGAUGUAGCAAUACAAGAGAAUAUCUCACAAACUACAUGUAUCGCUGUUCAAGAGAAUACUACAUCGAAAUUUGAAAAUAUUGGAGAACAGUUGUGUAGUAAUAAUAUAGUAAAGAAAUUACAACCAGGUACUAACAAAGACAUUCUAUCACAAGAUUACAACAGCGGUACUUCAUCAAAUUUAUUACAAAACAAAGAUUGUGAAAAGAAAAUACACUGUACACAUGAUAUUACGGAGAAUAAUAAAGAUGUUUUUGUAGUACAUGAGACCAGCAUAGAUGACAAUGAGAACAUAUCCAAGAUGGAAACUAUAUCUAUAACUAGUGAUACUCAUACAAAAGGAAAUGAUCAAGAAUCCGAAAAACCGAUCCGUCCCCAGACAUUAGAUAUUGUAUUGACACAUGAUAAAAAUGAUUCUCAUACGUUCGAAUCUUCGAGUACUGCACCAGAGGUACCAGAACACUCAGAAAUUGAUGUCGUUGAUGAAGAUCGUGGUGCUUCGUCAGAUGUUUCUGAUAAUUCUUUAGUUGAAUGUAAUACAGUAUUGGGAAAACAACCUCCAUUUUGGGUUCCAGAUAGUGAUGCACCUAGUUGUAUGUUAUGCGAUGUUAAAUUUACUGUGCUUAAAAGACGUCAUCAUUGUCGUGCUUGCGGUAAAGUACUGUGUAACAAAUGUUGCAAUAUGAAAUACAGAUUAGAAUAUCAAGGAAAUAUUGAUUCCCGUGUUUGCGUCUCGUGUUAUCAUCUACUCACAAAAGCAGAGAACGAACAGGGAAUAGGUGAUUGGUCAGCUGGCUAUAAUUCGUAUACCGAUUGUAGCGAUGCUAAUUCCGUACAAGGGAGACAGCCUAAUCCAAAUAAUCCCAUGGAGUACUGUUCAACUAUACCACCCUUGCAACAGUUAGCUGGCGGUUUGCCGCCACCACCAACGGUGAUGGUACCUGUGGGUGUUCUAAAGAGAGAGGGUUCAAAACAUCGUGCAGAAGGACAAAAAUCUGUAAUGUUCAGUGAUGGAAUAAGGCCUGGCUGUGACCUGACAGAGUUAGACACGUGUUGGGACCCAAAACCACCGUACCGUAAGCAGGGAAAUAAACGGAUUUAUGCAUCGGGGUCUGUGUUGACUGACACUGCAACGAGAAGGCAAAAUCAUCCUCCUUUAGACAGUACGACCAAUAGUUAUAUACCACAUGAUCCUAAUUUAUUGCCUCCGACUGUCACGAUACACAAAGGCCAAAUUACGUACCAUCCACCUAUGGACGAAAGUGUGCUUUAUAAAACGCUGAAAAACGAAUGUGAACCGUCAGUAAUGUUCGCAAUUAAUCGUAAUCUUUAUGCAUAUGUAAAAAUAACCAAUUUAAAUUGCUGCGUAAACAAGAUCUGCUGGAAUGUGACAUCAAGAGGUCUUGCUUGCAUUGGUCAGGAUGAAAUUAUUUUAUUAGUUGAAGUUUUGCCAGAUGAAACACGGAUUCCAAAAGAUCUUCUCAUAUACAUUAAUCAAUUAUAUCUUGAAGCUAUUAAAGGUAAUACAGUGACGGAACUCGGCUUUUCAGUAUAUCAAGGAACAAACCUAUUAUUAGGUUCACGCGAGCAUGCGGGAUUUCUUUUUAUUCGUCAAACAUUGCAAUGCUUACAAAAGAUUAUUUUGCCACCUGCACCUUUCUUGAUUGGUCUGUUGGUUCACAGAUGGGAAACUCCAUGGGCUAAAAUAUUUCCAUUAAGGUUACUUUUACGUCUUGGAGCAGAAUAUCGUUAUUAUCCUUGCCCAUUGGUGUCUGUUCGUUUUCGAAAUGCGUUAUAUUUCGAAAUUGGACACACUGUUAUGAAAGUAUUAGCAGAUUUUAGAAAUUUCGGAUAUACUUUGCCAGGAGUGAGAGGCUUAACAAUUCAUCUUAAAAAUCGUACAACAGACGUUAUGUUUCCCAGAAAUCGAUACGACCAAGUCAUAAAAGGACUUCAUAAUUCGAACGAUCAUGUCUUAGCUUACGCUUCAAAUUUUAGUAUAACUGCUGAUUCACAUUUAGUUUGCAUACAAACAAAUACUGGUGAUGAGAGCAGUUAUCAAACGCAAGCAAUAAACAUUCACAACAAACCAAGAACAGUUACUGGUGCCAGUUUCAUCGUCAUCAAUGGUGCUCUAAAAUCUUCUAUGGGUCUCUCUGCCAAAUCCAGUAUUGUUGAGGAUGGAUUAAUGGUAGAAAUAAUGCCAGAGAAAAUGGAAGCUUUGAAAGCUGCUCUAAAAAAUAUGCAAGAUUUUUCAAUUGGUUGUGGACGCCAGGGAGCAUUGGAACCAGACGAGAUUGUAAACAUAAAAUGGGUCGAUAAUGAUACGCUGUUUAAUCUGGGUGUUAAAAGUCCUAUUGAUGGACAAUUAAUGGAUGGUAUACCAUCUAUUAGAGUACAUAAUGGAAUUGAUUACAAAGGUGCAACCCGAUUUAUACGCUGGACAGAAGUAUUUAUUUUAAAAUCAGAUGAUCAUUUGAGUGGCGUGAACGAUCCUGUAGAUAUAAAUAAACUAUCUGGCAGUAUAGCAAAAGCAACAUGUGCAGCAUUAGUCAAAUUACUGGACCUUCUGGCAACAGCAGGUUUAACAAAGCUCGGUGUACGGACAACAAUUCAUCCAGAUAACGUGGGAUAUGAAGCUGGAAGUGAAGGUACAAAAUUACCGCCAAUAUAUAUGAAAAGUUUAGACAAUGAAUUAAUUCAAGUUUUACAUAAAGCUGUGCAAAGCAGUCAGGAUGCACAUACAGUGCUUGAAUUGAUAUUUUAUGUGCUUGAGGAUUAAAAGGGAUAUACAGUAUUUCAAUCGCUCAUGGAUCUUCAGGAUAACAUUAAAUAACUUUCAUAGAAC